AUGUCCAAACUCUAUUCACCUCACGUGCAACUUCCUGCAAGAACUCCACAAAGCACACCCGUUGAUAAGAUCACUCACCUUUUGGAAAAGUAUAGAAAUAGUGUUCCGAGUCAUGUUCAACGGUGUGUCUUGUUGAGUACAGGCUCAUACAAUCCAUGCCAUCAGAUGCAUAUUAAAACCUUUCAAAUCAUCAAGAAGGCGCUUGAGAGCUCGUAUGGCAAGUUGGUAGUGGGUGCUUUUAUUUCUCCAUCGCAUGGACAAUAUGUUUCAGGAAAGUUGAGAGAUGAUUAUAUUGAAACAGAGGCUCGAUUGGAAAUUUGUAAAUUAUCUAUUGAUUCCGAAACAAACAAGCUGAAAGAAAUGUAUGGAGAGGAAAAUGCAGAUGAUUUUUUGAGUGUGGAUCGAUGGGAGUCUGCAGUAUGUUGCGAAUUUAUUGACUUUCCUGACAUUACCUUCUCUUUGAGAGAAUAUAUCGAACAACAAUUUCCCAAUGAGAACAUUCAAAUUAUUUAUAUCUGUGGAAGUGAUCAUAUCGAAAAGUGUCCUUAUGUUUUGUCAUUCCCAACUCGAUUGAAAUGUGGAGCUGCAAUUUUGAAUCGACCCUCCCAUUCCAAAUCGGCAGCCUCAAAACAAUCUUCAUACAAAGCAACAGAGCAUAUUUAUUGGGUUGAUACAACCAUGGAGGAUGAAUGUAGCUCCACCUUGGUAAGAAAUAAGGCAAAAUUAGGCGAGUCCAUUUCACAAUGGGUUUAUCCUGAGGUUGAAAGCUACAUGAGGACUCAUCAUAUUUAUUUCCCUUAG